GAAGGUAAACCGCAAUGGUGAAGAAGCGAGACCACGAAGCGCAAUCGGACGAUGACAUGCCGGCAUGGAUGGUAAAUCACAUGUGUGAUGACGAAAAAUCGUCAGAGGACCAUCAUGGCCAUCACCAUCACCACAAGAAGCACCAUGGCAAGGGACAUGGUGAACACAGAUCCGACCACCAUCAUCAAAAGAAACACCAUGGAACAGAACACAACUCUCACCACGAGGACGAUCAUCAUCAUCAUCGCCAUCGGAGCAAGACGGGCAGUCAUGGUUCCUCCAACAGUGGCGAAGAUGGAAGGAAGCAUCAUCUGGAACAAGAAGAGAAAAAUGAGCAAGUGAAGGGAACUAGCUUGGAAACGGACCGAAUCAUUCCAACGUGCUCCCCUCCACCAGAGCUGUCACUAGGCAAGCACAACAAGAAAGACUCGACCAUCGAGACGAUGUCUACGAGCAGCAGCACAGGAGAGGAGAUGGCGUUCAUCGGCCCCGUAGUGCCCCCAAACUCCCCGAGGAAGCAGCAGGGAGCGACGGAGGCCCCAGGGAAGCCUCAGAGUGAAUUCUUCAAGAUCUUGGUCUCUCGCAGGAGUGGAGGGGAGGAGCAUGCUGGGCAAGCCCUCUCCCCCACGCACAAGGCAAUGCCCUGCCCCAAGAGCCCCUCCACGUCUCUCAGCGCAGCCCCCACACCUCGCCCUGGACCCGACGCUGCUGCUUUGAGUCAUGAUGGGCAUGGACACAAGGUGGACGGGAGCAUGCGCUCCCCUCCACAGACAGUGGGGAAGGAGAGGGAGAAGGGGAUGCCGAGCUUGAUGCUGUGAAGCAUCAGCAGCGAGAAGUUUGACGUGCUUGUGUUGAGCGAGACUAGGGAAGGACUGUCAUAACCUCGUUAUUUUAUCCAACAUUGAGUCCUCCUGCUGUCAUUGAGGGUAAGGCUGCUUCCCGACAGCCGGAUAAUUGUGAGGAUAUGCUACUGGCGAGUAAACAGAGGAGACUUGC